AUGAAUGAAGAGAGUGAAAUUAGGAAUGUCCCAUUUUUCAUUUUUCGUGAUAUUAAAAAAAAAAGGAUGAGAAAAAUUAUACUUAUGUGUAAUAAGAAGAAACAAAAAAAGAUGCUCCUUAAAAGUUUAAAUAUAAAAUUUAUAUAUGAAGAAGAAAAUAAAAAGAAUGUAAAUAUACAUAUAGAUAAUUUUUUACCGCUAUCAAUAAAUAGAAAUAUGUCCAUAAAAAAAAACAAUAAGGAUAUAAUAUAUGAUGAUAAUUCUUGUAACUUAUAUGAUAUUAAUAAAUUAAAAAUAGAAAAGAUGAAAAAGAUUAUUAAAGAUUUUUUCUAUGAUAUAUUUUUAUUUUGUGUAAAUAAAAAUUUAUCAAUAAAAGAAAUUUCUACCUUUUUAUCUAUAAAAAAAUAUAUUUUUUAUAAAUAUAUAUUUAAAUGUGAGAAUAUAAUAAAUCUUUUUUUACAAUAUAAACAAAUAAUGUUAUCACAUUGUAUAAACAGGAUACCUAAUUCUAUAAAAGUUUUUUCUUUUUCUUCUCUUCAUAUAUUAUUAAAAUAUUCAGUUCGUAAUUUUUUUAAAAAUUAUGCUUUUUAUAAAUAUAUUUUUACCCCUCACUAUAAAAUAUCUUUCCAAUGUAUUCAUAAGAAUUUUAAUUAUUUGGAAAUAGCAAAUAGAGAUUCAUUACAAAUAUGUUCUGAUGAUGUAGCCACUUGUCAAGAAAUAAAAAUUUUAGAAUCUCAAGAAUAUCUAAAGGGUUUGCUUACAUCUAGGGUUGGUUUUAUGGAUGACUAUCAUGAUAAGAGUAGUGUCGAUAAUUUCUUGGAGAUUUUUCAAACCCAUUUGAAUAUGUAUGAUAUAAAAAAAGAUUGUGAACAAUUCGAAAUAAAUAAAUAUGAGCAACGAAGAGAUAUAGAGAAAGCGUUCAGCCUUAUAAAAAAUAAUAUAUUACACAAAUAUGAUGAGAAAAAAAAGGAGGAAAAAAAAAAGGAUAAGGACAAACUGAUAAGAAGAGUCCAAAAUAUGUAUGAUGAUGUAGAGAAUAAAAUAAUGUCUAGUUUAAAAAAAAUCUUGGAUAUCACAAAUAAUGAUGAGGAGCAAGAAAAAUGUUAA